GAAUACAAAAAAGAAGAAAGAAAAGUCAGUUGUGUGGAUUGUUUAAAAUGUUUUAUAUUCAAUAGCUUGUGACUUUGAGAAAGUAGAUUUUUUGUAGCCUAUUACUAAUUCCAGAUUCGAUCAGCUCUUCCCUGUAAAUGCAUUCCUCUUUAUGAUCAUAAAGGAGGAUAUAUGUCUCAUAAAUGGAGCACGGGUGUGUCUGCAGAUCGUUUGCACUGCACCAGCCUGAGGUGGACAGCAGGAAGCUGAGGAACAGGCUGAGGAAAUAAAGGGAUGCUAUUGAUCUGCUGGCCACACACUCAUCUUGUGACGCCCAUGCACUCAUAGCUCUAAGGUCAUACGUCAAAGGCAGGCAUGACUCGAGCUUUGCUCACAUUUUUCACCGUUCUCUCUGUCCUUAAGCGAACAUAGAGUACAACAUUUUAAUUUACACCGUGCCAAGCAGUCAUUGAUUUUCCAACAAUGCACUUAGAAAAUAUUGUCCUGCUUGAGGGAUAUCUGUUCCCUCAAGUGUGUUCAUUUUAAUUAUUAAAAAGUUCUUAACUACUAGAUCUUCAGCGCCUUGAAAGUUGUGCACAAGCUCCUGAGUGCUUUUUUGGAGCUAUUUUAUUUCAGACCUGAAAUUUACACGCUUAAAUGUUAUUCACAGUAAAAUACAAAAAAAUAAAAAAGAAGUAGAAACACUUUUAGCUCAGGUAUGGAAAUAAAAUUUAAUAAUAUAAUAAAUAUGGUAUGUACAGGAUCAGGCUGCAAACAAACACAACAAUCUGUUCAAAAGUUAACAAACCAUCACUUAUCAAACCUGUCCGUGCUUAAGUUCAUAAGAAGGGGUGGCGCCAGUUUGUAGAGUCCCAGUGAUGUCAGAGACCAGAGAGAAACUUUAUGGUAAUUUAUGUUUGAGCCCCUCUUAUAGUGAGUGAGGAGACUUAAGUUAAUUCUCUCGGGAAGUUGUUUUUGGGUUCAGGACAGCAGGGUGAGGAUCUGGGCUCAGAAAGAGGACGCACACACACACACCUACAGGAUGAGGAUGCUGGUACUGGCGCUGUUGGUUUCGGCUUUUGCAUUUGUAUCUGCAUCUGGGUCAAAGCCUAAAUAUCAGUUCACACGUUACCGCCCAUGGAACACACGGAUGUAUCCAAUGUGGAAAGAUGGAGACCAGAGGUUUAGGAACUCCUGGACUGGUGGUGAAGUAACUUUUGAUGUGUCAAAUGAUUCACCCACCCUCACUGGAGCCAAAGCAACCUUUACUGUUAAUCUAAACUUCCCAAAGAACCAGACCAUGCUCCCUAAUGGUCAGGUGGUCUGGGCACGCAACUGCACCAUCGAUGGGAACCAAUAUCACAAAGGUCAGCCUGUGUAUCCCAACCAUGACAAUGACUGGACUGGAGUUUUCCCAAAUGGUGCAUCGUUCAAGAAGGGCAAGGACAAGAAGAACCGUUAUGUUUAUGUGUGGAAAGCAUGGGGGCGUUACUGGCAGGUUGCAGAUGGACCAUCGUCCUCCCUCAGUCUCAACACACGUGAUACUCCCCUGGGCUCCUACAACAUGGAGGUUGUCAUCUAUCACUGCCGCAACAAAGACAAGUUCAUCCCUCUCGGCUAUGCCUCCACUGUCUUCACAGUCACAGACCAGGUUCCCUUCAUAAUGUCCCUCUCCCAAGUCAAUGAUGUUAACCAGGCGGACCAGAGCUUCAUCCAGAAGCGAGCCAUCGCUUUCGGUGUCAAGCUCCACGAUCCCAGCCAGUAUCUUGACAAUGCCGACAUCAGCUUCAGCUGGGACUUUGGUGACAGCAGCGGUACUCUGAUCUCCAGAGAGCUCUCCGUCACACACACAUAUCUUGACAUUGGGACGUUUAGACCACAGGUGGUCCUAAUGGCAACCAUCCCCCAGACGUGUGGAAGUCCCACUGUUGUUGCUCCCAUUGAUGCCUCUGCUGCUUCAGCAGAGGUUGUGGUUACCCCCACUGCUGCAGCUAUCCCAACUGCCCCGGCUGAAGAAGGAGACACAAUAGCUCAAGAUCUCCCUGCAUCUGAUGUUCCUGCACUUGCUGCCUCCUUGCAGCCUCCUGCAGCAGAAGAACAAAACACAGUAGAUGCAGGAACAGCAGUAGUUAUUGUUGCUUCAGUAGCUCCUGAAGUCAAUGCAGCUAUUGUACCAGAUCCUGCCAACACUGUUGUCCCUGCUGCAGGAGCAGAUAUUGCAGCCGCGGUCACAGUUGCAACAGCAGUUGGUGAGGUUGUCGAUGCUGCAGCUGAAACUGUAGAGCUGACAGAUGCUGCAACAGCUGCUCCAGUUGAAACUGUUGUGGUUGCAGAUGCAGCUGAAGAAAUUGUGCCUGUAAUUGCUGAUACUGCUACUGUUGCCCCUGUUGCAGAGGGAGAAGAAGUUGCAGUUGAGAUUGCUGCUGUUGUCACGGUUGCGCCCGCUGCAGCAGUAGUUACAGAUGUUGCUGCUUCUCCUGCUACUGCUGCUCCUGAGGCGGAGGUUGAGGUCAUUAAUGCUGCUGAUGAUGUUGCUGCAGAGGUUGUCCAGGACGAAACAGAAGUCCCUGUUGAUGACAUUGUAGUCACUGUUACCACUGAGGACACGGCUGUUGAAGACCCAGCACCAACUGAUGCCGAGGCUGAAAUACCAGCCACAGAGAAUACCGUUGCAGCUACCGCAGCUCCUACAGCUGUUGCUGUAGAUCCAUCACAGGUCGCCCUGAUUGUGGCUAAGAGAGACGUAUCAGAGCUGAUAAAUGACUGUAAUGUCUACCGUUAUGGCUCCAUUGCCACCUCUUUAGAUGUUAUCCAGGCUAUUGAAAGUGUAGAGAUUGUACAGAUGUCGGGUGUUUUGUCACUGGCGACUGAGUUGGAUCAGAAUGCUGUGGACGUCACUGUUAUCUGUCAGGGAAGCUUGCCAAGUGAGGUGUGCACAGUCAUUUCUGAUGCUGACUGUGUAACGCCGAUGGAAACCGUCUGUACUGAAGCCAGACCCUCUCCAGACUGUCAAAUGAUCAUUCGUUCUUUCUUCAAUGACACUGGAGUGUUUUGCAUCAAUGUCUCUUUGACUAAUGAUGUCAGUUUUGCUGAAGCAAGUGCCAGAGUCAGCGUGUCACUAGCCUCCACUGGUUCCCCAGCUGGAACUGCCGUCACAGUCCUUGGUGUGAUGGUUCUAGCCUGUGUGGUCUGUUGUUUAGGUUUGAUGUACAGGCGGUUCAAGCAGUACCAGCCACUCAGAGAAGACAAUAAUGAAGGCAGCCCAGGGGUAACAUCGGUGCCUAUGUUGUUGUGGAACUUGUUGAGCAGACAGUCAGCGGGAGAGAGCCGCCCACUGCUUCAUGGGAGGGUUGUUUAGAUAUCAUUAUCGACUUGUGCAUUCAACAUUUACAACAUCUGCUUAAAUAUCUCCUUUAACACUUCAUAUUCUCACUGUCAUGUUAUUUUUACUCUCGGUUCAUGUUUAUCCCAGAACCAUUUAAGUGAACCAAGCUACGUUCACCAGCUCCUUAAACAACUAAAUAUGUUGUUCUAGAAGAGAGCACAGUGUGAUACAAAUGUUGAAAUGCUUGAAGAGGAACAUAAUAUUUAUUUUGACCAACAGUAUUUUUUAUUAAUUGGCACUGAUAGUUUAUAGAAGCCAUUCGUUAGUCUCUUACUUGUGGCUUACUUAUAUUUACCCUAUGGAAAAUGAACGAUGACACACUAUCUUUACAAUGAAUUGUAAUCACUCACAUCACAGAGCGUUAUGUUUACUACUCUGAAAUUAAUAAAAACAAACUCUAUAGAAAACAUGUUUGUUAUUUUUCUACUUUUGUUUCCCAUUCAUUUGCUAACAGUAUCUUAUGUCAUAGACUGAAACAAACAAAUUAAAGUGGGAACAAUUUUCAAACUAAUCAACAAUCGCAUAAUUUGGUAAGUUUUCAAAUGAUCAAGGCCAAUGAAACACUGUGGCAGAAUUUAUCCAUUCAGCUUUGCAACAUUUUUGAUUUGAACAUAAUCUGAGUCUUUGAUGCACUAAUUAUUAGUUUGAAAUAAAACAAUUGAUAAAAUAGCUGCGUAACAACAAAGGGUCUCUCACAGGGAGAGGAAUUAUAACACAAUUCUAUGAUUCCCCUCAGCUCUACAGAGGGUUUUACUCUGUUUUUCACUCUCAUUAAUAUCACAAGCCUUUUCAGAUGACAGGCAGCUGUUUCCAAACAAAACAAAAAGCUUUAAUAAACCAACCAUGCACUACCUUCUUAGGAAUUAGAAAGGUCCAACACGGCCUAGUGGGGACAAAACCUA